AACCCCACCGCCACGAGCCUUAUUAUUAUUUUCCCCCGUGGGACAUGACGAUUGACGGGUCAUUUCGCGGCAUUUUCGUCAUUUCACCUCGGAGAUACACGGAGCGCGGCAAUCGACCAACGGUUGGGAGUUUUUAGUGGAAGGAAAGAAUAGCCGCAGCUGAGAAGGGAGAGAAAGAGAGGGGGGACACAUACAUCGACCACCAAGCUUUGGUUUCUCCGUCUCUCCCUCUCUUCCGCUGGACCAGGAAACCCUAUUUUUUCCCCAACCAUUAACGUGCUGAUAAAGUUGAUACUCGUAGUCUGGAAUUUCCGUUUUUAGCUUCUUCCUUCGAGAACUCCGUUAGUUCAUCCCAAAUGAUUUCAUUUGUUAAUGUGUCCAUAUAAGUAAAUCUCCUUAUAUUCUUCAAUAUGGCGGCAAUUUCGAAAUUUCCGAUUUGUGCGCACCGCGAAAAUGCUGUUAGAUUCGGGCUGCAGUCGACUCCGGGGAUCAAUCGAAGCGUAACGACGAAUAUUUUAAGGCCUUCUGAGGGUGACCUGUUCUGCUUCUCUCGAAUAUCUCUUAGUCGGUCGAGUUGUGCUAUUAGAUACCCAAGUGUUCGCAUGGCAUUAGUGGAUGAGAGGCUCUCACGGGGAAGAGAUGUGACUAGGUCUUCAGGAAUCUUGGCAUAUGAUCUUAUUCAAGGAGCACUUGUAAAAUGGUCUUCAAUUGUGGAUAAGUCAAUACCUGAUCCGCCAACAGCCGUUCUUCUGCAUGGCAUUUUAGGUAGCAGGAAGAAUUGGGGAACCUUUGCGCGGAGAUUGGCCCAAGAAUUUCCAACAUGGCAGUUUCUUCUGGUAGACCUGCGGUGCCAUGGUGAUUCUGCAUCAAUUAAGAAGCAAGGACCUCAUACUGUUGCUUCUGCGGCUCUUGAUGUUUUAAAGCUUGUUGCACGGCUUAGAUUAACACCGAGAAUUUUAGUUGGUCACAGCUUUGGAGGAAAAGUUGCUUUGAGCAUGGUUGAACAAGCUGCAAAACCUCUUGCACGACCUGUUAGGGUUUGGGUUCUGGAUGCUACUCCUGGAAAAGUUCGAGCUGGUGGAGACAAAGAGGAUGAUCCCGCUGAAAUAAUUUCUUUCCUGAGGACGAUGCCAGAGAAGGUCUCGUCAAAGCGGGAUGUCGUUAAUGCUCUUGUUGAAGAAGGGUAUUCUAAAGAUGUGGCGCAGUGGGUGGUAACUAAUCUCCGACAGACUAGUCAUCCUGGUUCAUCAUCAUCAAGCUUCUCAUGGGUGUUCGACCUGAAUGGAAUUUAUGAAAUGUUUCAAUCCUACGAAGAAACAAAUUUAUGGCAAGUCGUGGAAGAUGUACCGCAAGGCGUUCAUGUGAAUUUUUUAAAAGCAGAAAGGAGCUUGCACAGGUGGGCUCUCGAAGAUCUCCAGCGAAUUCAUAUUGCUGAGGAGCUGGCUGCUGAUGAGGGUGGUGGGGUUGAAAUGCAUGUUCUUGAAGAUUCCGGCCAUUGGGUACAUGCUGAUAAUCCAGAUGGACUUUUUAGGAUUCUUUAUUCAUCCUUUCAGGGACUUAAAACAUAAGGUCUUCAUCAUGGCGCCCUGCAUCCGUUUUGAGAGCCGCGGAUUGUACCCACCCAGUAUAUGUUUGGCUCACACUUCUAUUGUGUUCAUAGCAAGUACUCUUUAUUUUUAUUUUUAUUUGUUCUUUUUGGUUCAACCAUUUGGGUAGGUCGUAAACAAAAUUUUUAAUUUUUUUCCCCUUUUUCGUUGGGGUUCUUGAGGCAUGUUUUGGAAGCUAUAUAGGUUGUCAUAGGUCCAGGGCUUACAGCAUCUAACACAAAAAAUGUAUUUUUGUGAGUGAACAAUAUAUUGAAUUGCGGAAGAUCAUAGUUGUUCAUUGCCUUUUGCACAAA